AUGGAAAAUAACAGGAACAAUGUUACAGAAUUUGUUCUCUUAGGUCUGUCCAGUAAUAGAAAUAUGCAGAGAUUCUGCUUUGGACUGUUCCUCUCCUGUUGCAUUGCAAUUCUCUUGGGAAAUUUCUUCAUCCUCAUCACCGUCAGUGGCAUCCCCCUCUUCAAGCAACCCAUCUACUUCUUCCUCUUCCACCUGUCCUUCAUGGACAUCUGCUACACUUCCACGGUGACUCCCAGGCUUGUCCAGGAUCUGCUGUCUGAAAAGAAAGCCAUCUCCUUCGACGACUGCAUAAUGCAGCUCUUUGACAUGCAUUUCUUUGGCAGUAUUGAAGUUUUCAUCCUUGAAGGGAUGGCCUACGAUCGCUAUGUUGUCAUCAGUAAGCCCUUGAGCUAUAUGAUCAUCAUGAACCAGCAGAGAUGCAACACAAUGGUGGCAAUCUACUGGGGAGCUGGAUUUCUCCAUUCCAUGACACAGUUACUCCUAGCAAUCUCUUUGCCAUUCUGUGGACCCAAUGAAAUAGAUCAUUAUUUCUUCGAUGUUUAUCCUCUCCUGGACCUGGCCUGCACAGAUACUCACUUAAUUGGUUCUUUAAUCAGUGUUGACUCAAGUGCCUUCGUGCAAGUGGAGCAAGGUUUGCGGGCUGGCAUGUAG